GGGUGCCAAAUAAACGAAGGUCAUUUGAAGUUAUUCGCUCCUUAUAAAAAACUGUUUAUUGAACUUAUCGUUUUAGUGACUCGACUUUGACACUGGAAUUAAUUCGCUUCAAUUACGAAAGUGCCAGAAUCACAAGGCCAUGUGACUUAAGGUUGACCAGACGUGUUAAUUCAUCAGUUCAAAUAAAUGACUUCAUAAACUUGUCACAAAUAAUAUGACAAUGAAGAGUGAAUCUAUUAUUUCACUUUUUUCAGAAUAUUUACUACGUGAACAUCGAAGUGAUAUUUGUAAACUUUCGUUACUAUUACCAUCUGAACCACAUCAGUCAAUUAUUGUACAUUUUAAUAAUUUAUGCGAAUUUAACAGUAUCUUUUCAGAAUUAAUCCUAUCCAAACCUGAAGAAACAUUGAAUUUAUUAAACAAGAGUGUUUAUCAAGUCAUACAAUCCAAAAAAGUAGAUAAUCCUAAACAAUUGCUUGAUAAUAUACAACAAAAUAUACAUAUUCGUUUAACAGCAUUACCUAUCAUACCGGAAGUAUAUAAAAAUCAUAUACCAACAUCAAUAGAUACUGGAAAAUUUAUUGCACUUAGAGCUAUUGUAAGUCGUGUCGGUCCUGUACAAGUGAUACAAAGUAAAGUACAGUAUUAUUGCAUAAAAUGUGGUUAUACAUUUAGUGUAUAUGCUAAUUUUGAAAAUUUCUAUGCUAUUAAACCACCACGUUAUUGUCCAAAUCGUCAGCAAUCUUGUAAUUCUAUGAAUUUAAAAUGUGUGUCGUCAAACUCACAAUUUUAUGCAAAAAACUAUCAAGAAAUUCGUGUACAUGAACAGUUUGAUUGUCUUACAGUCGGUGUUAUGCGACGUUCUAUGUGUGUUUGUAUUGAAGAUGAUUUAUUAGAAUGUGUUAAACCCGGGGAUGAAGUAGUUAUUAAUGGAGUUGUAACACGUAGAUGGCGAUGUACUAAAGAAGGCAGUCCAUGUGAAAUUUUUACAUAUCUUAAAGCAAAUUAUAUUGAAAAUCUAACCGAACUUAAAGCUGGUGGUGGACCUAGUUAUAUUUCACAUGAACGAGCAUUAGAAUUCGAAGUAUUUUGGAAUAAAUAUACCAAUUUUAGUUCAGCUUUAGAAGGUAGAAAUAUACUUUUACGUAGUAUUUGUCCAGAAGUUUAUGGAAUGUAUCUUAUCAAACUUUCACUAGCUUUAAUGCUUGCAAGUGCACCUGAAUGGCAUUCUACAUCGGGUGAAACUACAGGUGUAGAUGAACUCUCUACACAUAUUCGAGGUAAUCCACAUAUUCUACUCAUAGGUGAUCCUGGUACCGCGAAAUCAGUUCUUCUUCGUGGAUGUACAUCACUUUGUGAUCGAGCUGUUUUAACUACUGCAACCGGUACUACAGCAGCUGGUUUAACUGCUACAGCUAUACGUGAUUCAACUGGUUGGACACUGGAUGCUGGUGCUUUAGUAUUAGCCGAUGGUGGUUUGUGUGCUAUAGAUGAAUUUACUGCACUACACGGUGUUCAUCGUGCUGCUGUACAUGAAGCAAUGGAACAACAAACAAUCAGUCUAGCUAAAGCUGGUCUUAUGGCUCGAUUGAAUUGUCGUUGUUCUGUUUUAGCUGCAGCAAAUCCAUCACCGAAUUCUAUUCUACAUGGUAAUGAAGAUUAUGGUUUACCAACUCCAUUGUUAAGUCGUUUUGAUUUAAUCUGGAGAUUAGUUGAUCCAGUUGACUCUUUAGAAUGGGAUCGUCGAAUUGCUAACUUUAUUUUGGAUUUAGAUCAACCAACUAGUUUUUCAACGAAUCAGGAAAUAACAAAACAUCAUGAUCUUUGGUCUAAAAAUGAUUUAAAAGAGUAUUUUGUAUGGAUUCGUGAUCGUUUCACACCACAAUUGUCCAUGGAAGCAGCUAAUCUACUUCAACGUUAUUAUGUCUGGCAAAGAAGUCAAAUGUCGAAUUUUUGUAAUGAUUCACUGGCCGGUGCAUUCAGUAGACGAACCUUACGUUUAUUGGAAAGUCUUGUUAGAUUAACCAAAGCACAUGCUCGAUUGAUGUGUCGAAAUGAGGCUACCGUUGAAGAUGCUAUUGUUGUGAUCUAUCUAGUUGAUUGUUCUCUUUAUUCCACUAGUUCUAUCAAUGAUAAUCAAUCUCAUUUAAAUAACAGUUCAUUAUCAAAAUUUAUUUCACCUGAAUUGAUUGUUUCAAUGAAUAUACCAGAGAAUGCUAGUGUUGAUUAUUUACAAAUUGAGAAAUUAGUAAUGUCUACUUUAAAUAAUAAUAAUAAUAAUAAUAAUAAUAAUAAUAAUUGUAGUAAGAAUAUUGACAAUGAUAAUGGUAAUGUUUAUCUAAAUAGAUUUAAACAAGAUCAUUCUAAUAUUUAUAGAAAGGUUCAAUUAGAACCUCUACUUAGUUCAACUCAACUUAUAACUAAUAAUAAUGAUAGUUUGAAGAAAUACACUCAAGAAGACAGUAGACAACGUCACAGUCUUCCAUCUUAUAAACGAACAUUUCAUCAUGAGAAUAAUGAUAAUAAUAAUCCAUGUUCCCCUUCAUCAGUUAUUCAAAAUAAUAAUAAUAAUAAUGAUGAUGAUGAUGAUUUGUUAAUGAUUCCAUCGACUAAAAGUUUCAAAUGGACUCCAUUAAAUAAUUCUAUCGACAUUGAUGACAAUACUACUACUGAUAUCAAUACUACUGACAAUCAAAUAUUCAAUAAUAAUAAUAUAAACAUGAAUAAACCUUUAUGGAAUAAACAUUUAUCUUCUAAUUCAUUCAAUAUUUCAAAUAAUGAUUUAUCAAUGUCUAUGGAUACAUUCAAUAAUACAAUACAGAAUAUUCAAUAUUCAAUGGAUAAUAAAGACAAGAAUAAUAAUGAUGAUGAUGUUUUCACAUAUGGUUUUAAUAUGCUAAUGACAAAUAGUGAGAAUAUUUUAAAGAAGCAUUUAAAAAGUGAAGAUUUUGAAAUUGAUUUAUAAAAUGUAAAUAUGAUCUGAUCCUUCAUUUGGUAAUUAUUAUUAUUAUUAUUGUACACAUAAUUUAAGUGGAAUUUGUAGAAGAUAUUAAUUAUAUUUAUUAUUAACAGAGUGAA